CUUGAUUUAGUUAGAGCCGCGGUUAAAGUGGCCACCUGAUCAACACCCAUGCUGCGGUGAUCAGCACCAUCUACACCUGGUUUCACAUUGAAGCAACCAGAGACAGAGAUGACGAAAACAGUCGGAGUUCACUGGUUCCGACAUGGACUUCGUCUCCAUGACAACCCAGCCCUCGCGGAGUUGUUGGCUACUUGUAAUGAGGUGUACCUGAUAUUUAUCUUCGAUGGAGAAAGUGGAGGCACGCGACUGAUCGGAUACAACCGGCUCAAGUUCCUGCUGGAGUCGCUGGAGGACCUGGACGACCAGCUGGCGGCGUACGGCGACUGCGAGCCGGUGUGGCGGUCGCGCGACGACCGCGUUCGCGCCUGGUGCCAGCAGCACGGCGUCGACGUCAUCGAGCGCAUCUCGCACACGCUCUGGGACCCGGCCGAGGUGAUCCGGCCCAACGACGGCCAGCCGCCGCUCACGUUCGCCAUGUUCCACCAAGUCGUCAUGGCGAUCGGCCUGCCGCCGCCGCCGCUCCCGCCGCCGCCCGGCGAGCACCAGAAGAAGUACGUGGGCGGCGAGACGCGCGCCCUGCAGCUGCUGGGCGAGCGCAUCGCCUACGAGGAGGCCGCUCUCAGCCGCGGCAUCGUUAUGCCCAACCAGUACAGCCCGGACCUGCUGGGGCCGCCGCGCAGCCUGUCCGCCUACCUGCGCCACGGCUGUCUGUCGGUGCGCAGGAUGUACCACAUGAUCCAGAAGGUGUUCCAGUCCAGCACCAGCGCCCACAGCCACUCGAUGAGCAUCUGCGUACAGCUUGUUUGGCGCGAAUUCUUCUACACCAUGUCGGGGCACAACCCGUACUUCGAUCUGAUGGAGCCGAACCCGGUGUGCCUCAACAUCGGGGCGGACGACGAGCGUCAGCUGGAGCUGUGGGCCCACGGCCAGACCGGCUACCCGUUAAUCGACGCCGCCAUGCGCCAGCUGCGGCAGGAGGGCUGGAUCCACCACGGCCGGAACGCCACCAGCUGCUUCCUGACGCGCGGCGACCUCUGGAUCAACUGGGAGCACGGACGGCAGAUGUUUGACGAGUACCUGCUGGACGCCGACUGGUCAGUGAACGCCGGCAACUGGAUGUGGGUCUCCUCGUCGGCGUUCGAGAAGUUCCUCGACUCGUCCGACAUCAUCUCGCCGGUCAGCUACGGCCGCCUGUUCGAGCCCACCGGCGAGUACAUCAGGCGCUACGUGCCGGAGCUGCGCCGCAUGCCCACACAGUACAUCUUCUCGCCAUGGGAGGCGCCACUGGAGGUGCAGCGCGAGGCCGGCUGUGUCGUCGGCGAGGACUACCCGUGCCGCAUGGUGGACCACAAGGUGGCGUCGCGUCACAACCGUAAGGGUGUCAUGAAAAUGCUGUGA